AUGCAGGCAGCCCAGCGGGGUACCCGUGCCGCCCUUUGGGCUUACUUUCUCCAGGGCUCUGCGGCUUCGCAAGGGCUGCUCCCACUAUCAUGGGACAGGUUUGCCGUUGCCCGAAAGGGUGAGUUCUUCCAUUCGUUAGAAACUAAUCCGAAUUGGGACGACGAAAGCAGAGAGGGAAGGAAGAAAGCAGAGAGGGAAGGACGAAAGCAGGAGCCAAGCCUUCUGGACUUCCUUCACCUUCCGCCUGGCGUGUCCGAAAACGGCAAGAAGCCCCGCUUCCGGGUAGCUUGCCACAAGAUACCUCCGGGGGCCUGUCCACACCCCGCCCCCGAUGCUAGCGGGAGGCCUACUUUAACCUAG